AUGGUCGCCGCCGAAUCCCUAAUCGACCUCCAAGACACCUAUAAUGAAAAAGAAGACGACAUUGACUCCCUCCCUUCGACUUCUUCUUCCACAAGCGAUGUCUAUUCCGACGCCGACUCCGACGCCCAGGCCGAAUGGGAUCGGUCCCUUGAGCAGCUCCAGUUGCUACUGACCAUGAUGAUAAUCCCGUGGGUCGGUAAAUAUUUUGGCAGGAAAUUUGCCUAUUGGAGUUGGGGAAGAUACAUGGAAUGGAUGCACGGAGUCGAAGUGCGGUGGACGAAUAAGAAGGCAUUCAAGGCUGUGGGUAUAGCAGAGACGGCGGCCACGUUAUAG